CAUGCCUUAUCCAUGUGAUGAACACAAAGUUGUCACUGUAUCUGUACUGAAACCAUUUGCAGUUCCCACUCAGCAAAAGGAAGAACUCGCUGAUUCUACUCAUUUUUACCCAAUUCUCUGGAUUUAGGAACAUAAUCAUCAUGGCUGAGAAACCCAAACUUCACUACUUCAAAGGGAGAGGCAGAAUGGAGAGCAUCCGAUGGCUGCUAGCUGCAAGUGGUGUUGAGUUUGAAGAGGAAUUCGUAGAAACAAGGGAGCAGUUUGAAAAGUUAAUUAAAGAUGGCUCAUUAUUGUUUAAGCAAAUGCCUAUGGUGGAGAUGGAUGGAUUAAAGAUUGUACAAACUAAGGCAAUUCUACAUUACAUAGCAGCAAAAUACAACAUGUAUGGAAAAGACAUUAAGGAGAGAGCAUAUAUUGACAUGUAUGUGGAUGGGACUACUGAUCUAAUGGGUCUUAUUCUUUUGAAGGGCUUUCUCAUGGAAAGUGAGAAAGUAAAGCAACUUAAACUGAUUAGGGACAAAGCAACUAACCAAUACUUUCCAGUUUAUGAAAAGGUUUUAAAAGAUCACUGUCAAGACUACCUUGUUGGGAACCAGUUUAGUUGGGCUGAUGUCCACCUGCUGGAAGCCAUUCUCAUGACUGAAGAAGAACAUGCUUGACAUUCUUACUCUCUUUCCCUCACCUGCAGAGUUUCAAGGAAAGAACUAGUGAGAUCCCUACAAUUAAAAAAUUCCUGCAGCCUGGGAGCCAAAGGCAACCAAAAACUGAUGAAAAAUAUAUCACCACAGUGAAAACUAUUCUUCAAAUGCCAUAAUAUUGUAAAUAUAUUUACAAGCACAAGAAUUCUAAAAAUGAUACAGACAAAACCCUCUACUGAGAGCAUAAAUAAAAAUGAAACUCA